UCUGGUUCGUUUCCACAAUCUAUGAUGUUGACGCAACCGGAAGAGGGCUACGCAUGCGCUGUCAGUGCAAACGAAUGAAGAAGCACUGAUAGAGUCGCAGCGAAAACCGCUACCGCAUUAAGACAAGAUGUCAGGACUACCCCGUAGGAUCGUCAAGGAGACGCAGCGCCUGUUGGCGGAGCCCGUUCCCGGGAUAAAGGCGGAGCCGGACGAGAGCAACGCCCGCUACUUCCACGUGGUGAUCGCCGGGCCGCAGGACUCGCCGUUCGAGGGCGGGACCUUCAAACUCGAACUCUUUCUCCCGGAGGAGUACCCCAUGGCGGCCCCCAAAGUGCGCUUCAUGACCAAAAUAUACCACCCCAACGUAGACAAGCUGGGGAGGAUAUGUCUAGACAUUUUGAAAGACAAGUGGUCCCCGGCCCUGCAGAUCCGCACAGUGCUGCUGUCUAUCCAGGCGUUACUAAGCGCUCCCAACCCCGACGAUCCGCUGGCCAAUGACGUCGCGGAGCAGUGGAAGAGCAACGAGGCCCAAGCCAUAGAGACAGCCCGCACGUGGACCCGGCUGUACGCGGGGAACAACAUCGAAGUGUGAAGCCGAGGGGAGCCCCUCCAGUUCCGCCGAGACUGCCUGCCUUCGUUUCCGCUCAAAGGACACAGUCUUAAAGGGGGAGGGGGGGGGGAAGAAAAAUAAUAAAAAAAUGCAAACGAGCAAAAGCGUAUAUUAAAACGGGAGAAAAACAAACAAAAAAAAAACAAAACAAAAAACCGCUGGCCAUUUGGUGAUUUUAAAUGCACGUCAGCCAAUCUGUGUUUCGUCCCGCUUCGUUGUCGUGACGCCAGGGCGGGAGGCCGUCUGUUUGACAUUGUGGGUUUUGGGGGGGGGAGUGGGGGUGGGCGGUGUUAGCAUUUAACUGGCAUUAGUCUGUCCCACUGUGGAGGUUGGGGGGGGGUUGGGGGGGGGGGGCAGCUGGGCUAUCUGUGGAAAGUGGGGGAGGGGGGGGGGUUAGGUCCCUAUUUUUUUUUUACCUUUUCCUUUUAAUGUUUUUUUUCUUCCUUCGACGCUAUUGGUUCGUUACAAAGCGGUUCAUUGGUCCUCCCGAAGUGAAAUGAAGUGGAAACAUCCGACUCGGAGGUAAACGGUAAAGGGGGGGACGUGGCUAAACCGGCAGGUAAGCCAGCCGCCAUCAUCCUCAUUCGUGUGGUCGCCGACUCCUCCCCCCCAACCCAAGCCCCACCCCCUGCCCACACAACCUCGUCUGACAUAGGCUUUUACUUUUCCCUGGCUAGUCUGGGAAUCCAGGGGGAAAACAAAAUCUGUAAAUCUUUUGUUUUAGUAAAAUAUUUUUGUUAUUCUA